CGUCCGUCGCACCUUGCGGUCGGACGACAAUACCGUCUCGGUCCGGGCACAGCGACACGACCCGGCCGAGAACUUUCGCUUCACCGACUCACGCAGCUCUCGCUCUCACUGUUCCCCCCCGCGCGCGAAGCGAAACGGAGAGCGCUUCGAAGGGUGGGGAGAGAUGGAAGGUGGCGGCAAGAGAGACGCGGACGAGUCCCCCACCAAUUCACAGCAGACCAUUUCCGAGGAUGAUGAAAUAGACUACUCAGUGAAACCUGAGUUUUAUGAUCCAGAUCUAGACGAUAAAGAUGAGCGAUGGAUCGAGAAGAAGCGUAAUGGGCAUGCCACUGAUGCUGUGCUGAGCUGCCCUGCUUGUUUCACUACCCUAUGCCUGGAGUGUCAAAGGCAUGAAAAGUACGUCACCCAAUACAGAGCAGUCUUUGUCAUGAAUUGCGAGGUUAUGAAAGAGAAGGCUCGCCCGCCAAGCAGUGCGCACCCAAAAAGCCGAAAAAGAGGGAGAGCAUCCUCUACACCCGACACUCACCCUGCCGGCGGCGAAACCCUCAAGCACAUCUGCUGUUCCAUCUGCUCUACGGAGGUCGGUGUAAUGGAUGAAGAGGAGAUUUAUCAUUUCUACAACGUUCUUCCCAGCGAGUCUUGACUCAUGUCCUGGGAGUUUUGGAAGUUGAAAGACCUUCGAGGCUGUUGUAAUGUCGAUUUUUUCUAUAGAGAACCUCUUUUCUAGGGGCAUUAUGCUUUUGGAGCUGCACUUGUGUAAGCCGGGAGAGCCUUUGUAUUCGAAUUGCAAUCUAAUCUAUCAAAUUUAUUGAUUUCAUGA